ACUGCUGCAAGGAAGUGUUCAAAGUUUAAACCGAAAAGUCCAAGUACCAGUGCGCACAGUGGAACUGAACAAACACAAGAGUGAAAGCAAAAGUGAAACUUUAAAGCCCCACAAUACAUGCAUAUAUGUAGAUGUUGGGGAUGCAUGUGUGAGGAGAGUGUUUAUGCAAGUGUUUGACGUUGAGUUGGCCAAGUGGAUUUCUAUUUUAGUGCCAUUGAACGAAGGCGGCAGCAGGCAACGUGCGAAGAAGGGCUGACUUUUGUUGCCUCUGUGCGUGUGUGUUUGUGUGUGGCACUAAAUUCUGCUGUGACUGACUGCAGCUUGUGCACGCUUUAAAAGGCGGCUCAGCUCUGCACGGCACGACACAUUGAGACAUUUUGCUAAAGUGCUUAAAGGCAUCUCAGUGUCAAGCGAUAGACUGACAAGUGCAUUGAGUGAUUGAAACAACCCAAAGACAGGAAGAACGAGAAGAGACAGAGACGCUUGGCAAGUGCACUCUGAUAUUUGGUCACCUUGUAGAAGGUAGGAGGACCAGGAAGUGGGCAGCCCAGCCAUGUGGAGCAGGCAGCGUAUGCGCCAUAAGCCGCUUUGGGCCCUAAUAUCCUUGACCGUUUUGCUGCUGGUCUUGGAUAAAAGCAAUGCCAACACGGAGACCGAUGAGACCACCAGCACAUCGGAGCCAGAUGCCUCUCCUGGCUGCCGUGCGCCGGAUGUUCGCUUCACAAUUGUCAAGCCGGAUGAGACGACGGAGCAGCCGUAUGCCAAGUUUGAGACGACACAGGUCUACCUGCCGGAGGAUUUCACCACGGCCGAUGUGGAAUUUGUCGACUCGGUGGCUGGGCGCAAUCCCAGCGAGAACCACGCGGCCAUUGUGAAUCCCUACUCGCUGGAUCUGGGCGAUGAGCAUCUGCAUGUGGGCGAUGCAGCGGCCAGUUUGGUGGACGAUGAUGAGCUGGACGACGACGAUGAGGAGCCGGGCACGGGCACGGAGGAGGGCAAGAAGCGCAUAAACAACAAUCGCAAGCAGGGCAAGAAGCGUCGCUCCGGCUCCGGGCGACGUCGUCGCAUCGAGAAUGACAACGGGCAGACGGGCAGGGGCAGGGGCAGUCGCUACAAGCGGCAUGCCAUACUCCAUGAUGCAGAUGCCUCCGCAGACACGGAUCGUUGGGCAGGCAGCAAGCUGGCCGCGGAGGGAGAUGUCUACUAUGUGCACAUUGCCGACAUCCUGAAGAGCCGCGAACCGAAUCGGGCGCUGCGCUCCAAGCUGCACAAGCUCAAGCAGAAGGCCAAGAUGAGGAAGUGCCUGGCGGAGGGCAACAAGGAGCAGUGUGCCAAGCUCAAGACAAAGAAGAAGAAGGCAGAGAAACCCAAGAAAGCGGAGGAGGAGGAGGAGGAGCAGAAGCAGAAGCAGCUGCCUGAAGCAGAGCCAAAGGAGGAACAGCAGCAGCCGCUGCAAGUGGAGCUGGAGCCGGCCGCCAGCCAUCAUCGCCGACGCGGUGACAGUCACGAUGCAGAGCUCGACCAGCGUGACCUGAAUCCGCGUUGGCGCAACCGUCGCAGCAUCGACGCUGCCAAGGGUGAUCUUGGUGAGCAGACGGAGCUGGAGCUGGAGCAACAGCAACAGCAAGAACAACUUCGCUACGUGAAUCAGUCGAGCAGUGCAGCAGUGGCCCUGCAACGUGUAAAGCGCAAGUCGGGCAAGACCACGGGUGCACUGAGCCGUCCGAAAGGUGGUGGCGACUCCAGUUCGAAGACCACCAGUCGCAAGGACAAGGGCAUCUACGACGAGGAGGCCGGCUACUCGCCCGUCCAUCCCGACGAGGAAUUCGACGAGGACGAGGAGGAGGAGGAAGAGGUGGACAUACUGCAGCAGUUUACCGAAGUCUCCGAGAUCCGUUUCCCAGGCGAGAUUGGACCCAUGGGCGAUCGUCGUCUAUGCAAGAUACGCUGUGUCAAGGGCAAGUGGGUGGGACCGCUGUGCGCCACCAAUGAGGAGGAUGAUAACGGGAAUGUGAAGUUUCAGCCCCUGUACAAGAGCUGCCACGUGAAUCGGAUACCACCGCAUUUGCUGCUCAGCUAUCGGAACAUCUCAGUGACACCGAUACCACCAAAUCGCGGCUGGCGUAAAACGCGCUUAUCCAAAUCGACACUUCUCUCAAAUACAGAAAUUAACGUUGGCUGGGAUCUGCCGCAUGGACACUCGCUGCAGGCCCGCUGCCAGGAAUUGGGCAUCUACAAGCUGCUCGGGGAGUCGCGUGUGCUCUGCUCCAAUGGGCUGUGGGCUCCUCGCAUGCCCAGCUGUGUGCCCACCACUGUGCUGACCAACUACUCGGAGGACAGUGCCCCGUCCAUUCGCAUCAAGAUCUUCAAUGGCUCCCACUCGUUCGAGCCCUCCGGCGUGAUGGCUGUGCCACCGCACAGCACUGUGCUGAUGGACUGCAUGUAUCCACGGGUGCGUGGCACCCCCGAGUGGAGCUGGACCAGCUGGUACAUGCAGUACGCGACAGGUUGGUCUCCCGCACAGGAGGAGAAGGCUGUACGCUAUCGUCUGAGCAUCAAGAAUAUCGAAAACAAUGAUUCGGGCACCUUUACCUGCACUUCGCCGCGCGGACUGACAAACAGCAUUGCCGUCGUGGUGGCCACUUCGACGUGCCCGCAGCUGACAGAGCCGCUGGCGCCGCUCAGGCUGCGCCUCGAGGGCAACAAGCUCGGCCAGCGUGCUCUGUAUGAAUGCCCCGAGGGCUUCCGGCUGGAUGGCGCUUGGAAUGCCACCUGCCUGGCCUCCGGCAAUUGGUCAUCGCCGCCGCCAACAUGCCACUCCAUCCAAUGCCCGCGCCUCGAACUCGACGAUCCACAUCUCAGUCUCAUUGAACUCAAUACCUCGGCAUGGGGGCGCGCGGUGUUCAAAUGCCAGUGGGGUUUCAAGUUGACCGGACCGGCACAGCUGGACUGUGAGCCGACGGGCGUCUGGAGUGGCCCCGUUCCGCGUUGCAAAGUCAUUCAGUGCGUGAUGCCAGUGGCGCCGCUCAAUGGACGCAUUGGGGGUACGAGUCUCAGUCAGCGGCGGUUGACCGUGGGCGCUCUGGUCACAUUCAGUUGCAAUGAUGGGCACACCCUGGUGGGCGAGUCGAGUAUCAUUUGCACGGAGAACGGAUUCUGGUCGCACUCGCCGCCAUUUUGCAAGUCGCAGUGUCCGUAUCCCGGCGACCCGCCCAACGGUCUGAUAGCUCCCCUCAAGUUCAACUACGAUGCGGGCGACUACCUGAGCGUACAGUGCCGGCCCGGCUUUGUGCAAACUAACGAGGACCACCGGAACACGGGGCCGCCCGAGCGACCGAAGUGCCAGCCGGAUGGCAAGUGGUCCGGCCCGCUGCCAAAGUGCCGCAGCUACGAGGAGGUGUAACCGCACACAAACAUAUAGAGAAAAUCCCAAGACGCCAUUCCAUUUGAUUGGAUCGAGCUGGCAGCCGCCCUAAUUUAGUAUUAUGUGAACACCACCCAUCCAACCAAGGUGAAUAAUGUGGAAUGUGUGCUAGAAAAAUUCCAAAUUCAAGCAAAAAGCAGAAAACAGAACGACAACAAGAACAUCAAGAAACCGAGUGAUAUUUAGAUUAACUUAGUGAGAGGUAUCAAAAUUAAUAAAUAUUUUACUAGAUAUGUUCAUUCCACACCUAAAUUAUACACAGAAACACAAAUGUAUGUACUUUUUAUUGCAUUGCACUACACUACAAAAAUAGUCUUUAGUCUGAGCUCUCUCGCUCUCUAUACCGCUGCUGCACAGGCCCACCCCACACGAAAAAAAGUCCCAGUCUUCUCCAAAGGAUUAGGUUGAUCUCAAGCAAGCUACAUGCAUAUAUUCAUACACAAUAUUUAUUGUAUGGAAGAUAAUCGUAUUUUGUUCUUCUGAUUGUAAAACUUUUCAAAAUAAUAUUCAGUAAUCGUUUCGCUUGAAGUUUGAACAGAAUAAUUCUUGUACUUGAAUAUAUAAAGGAAUAUUUAAUCCAAUGCUAAUUACAGGUAUUUAUGUAUUAUGGUUGCAAAUCAAAGUUGCAUAAGAAAUGUAAAUGUUGAAACAAACAAAACCACACACUUACCCACAGUAAAUAUAUACAAAACAUAUGCAGAAUAUUAAUUCUACUAUCAAAAUAAAUGUUGAAACCCGAAGGAAGCCGCAAAAGAGUUGCACCCACAUACACACAAUUAGUUAGGAGAAACGAAAAGUAAUGCAAAUCCAAAGUAAAAGUAAAAGCAAAAGCAAAGCGAAACGAAACGAAAUGAAGCCCCUGGAUUCCUGGGGGCAGUUGAAAGUCAUGUCCUUUUAAUAUCUCUCACAUGGAGAAGGACAUGUGUACCGUACAGAGUGUAUAAGCAGCUGCAGUGCAUGUGUGGUGUGUAAAGAGAUGGACAUUUUAAAUAAAUUACGAAUAUUGUGUAAAAUGCAA